AUGUUCAUACGACAUCAUCAUACAAUAUUCGAGAGAUUGGGAGACAAACCCCAUAGAUCAAAUUAUAGAGAAUCAAUAAGAAAACUAGAAGUGUAUAAUAGUUCAAGAAUAAGAUUUCAGCCCACAAUACAAGAUUUCAUAGCCGAACUAGAAUUGUCUAGAAAAUCCACUCAGUACAGUGUAAAACUAAGACUACCAACUAAAUAUCACAAGGAAAUCUUCUUUGAGCCAUUGAUUUAUGGAAUCUUAAGUUCAUUGAGGUAUUCAGACAAUAGUUUAAGUACCCAAAAUAAGACAACAAUGAUCCGAGAAAUACAGCAGAAAUUGGGGAUUGAAGAUCCAAAUAUGGAAGAUUAUUCUGAAACUUAUAAAGAAUUGAAUAUCGAACAUAAAGAGUUAUUUAACAUAUCGAUGAGUUGUAUAAAUCAUAUACGACCAAACCAUAGCAUAGUUCAAUGGAUAAAAUCAAUAACCGCAGCAUCAGUCACAGAGGCAUGUAACUCAUUGGCUUAUUUGACCAAUAUUCCCGGGGUCAUAAUUGGUGAUAUAUUGCUCAGAACUCCUAGAUCUCGAGAUGAACUUGAUCUCCAAGUAGAAUUAUGGAACCAAUUCUCAGAUUCUGUCAUCAACGAAAGUCAUAAGGCCAGUAAAAUAAGAAUUAUCUUCGAAAACUUGUUGGACAACUGUGGCAGAUAUAGGUUGUACAAUUUAUUAGAAUUCGUUAAGACAUCUUUUGACUUAUUGAACAGGGGAAAAUUGGGAUAUGAGGUUAUGGUAUCUAAAAAGUCUAUUGAUUUCUUCGACAUUGACAAGAAUGAUGAAUAUUUGAAUACGUUGAUCUGGAAAUUAGCAUUCUCCCAAUUAGAACCAAAGAUGGUCACUUUUAAUUCAACUACCAAUAUAAUAUCCACUCAGAGGUUUUUGGUCAGUAAGUUGAACUUGAAAAGUGAACGUCCGAACAUAUCAUUUCAAGGAAGGUUAGGUAUAAUAUUAGCAUUAUCAGUGAAUCAUAAAACUCAAGCAAGACAAAUGCUCAAACAUAUUGAAUAUACUAAUGAGUUUGAAGAGCUCAGAAAUGGGAACAGUGAACUCAAAAAUCAAUACAAUUUCGUCAAGCUUAUGACUUGUGAUGAUUAUGAUGAAUUACUUGACUCAUUUCAUAAAUGCCAUGAAACUUCACUUCUUUGGUUGGGGUUUAUCAAAAAAUUACAAGAGUUUGAACUUUUAACAUCCGAUAGAUCUAUCAAGAUCCUCAAGAUGUUAAGUGAGAAAUCUCUCGUCACCCAAACUAUUUUGGACCAUUUAUUUGUGCACCUCAGAUCAUACAAAGAUUUCAAGUCAGCUUGGGAUAUCAUGAAAACCAACGGGAUGUUAAAUCAUUACAUGCAAUUUUUGAAAUUAGAGUAUAUGAUGAUCUUAUACUCCAAAUUCUACCACCAUGAUGCUGAAAUUCUGACUCUCCUUCUCCCUGGAAUUAAAGAACCGAAGAAUAGUAUCGCCAUUGCUAGGAUGAUCUAUAAGAUUUCAAAAACCAAGAAUAUGUACUAUAUCGGAAAAAUGUUGAGAGGUGAGAGUAGACUCAAUCCCAGUAAAAUGUAUGAAUUAUACCAGAAGGAAGUCAUCAAUAAGAAUUUUCAGCCCAAUGAAGAUUGUCUAAUAGCAUUGAUUAAAUCAUCCAUGAGUUUGAAUAAAACUGGUGAACCUCAUUUAUGGUCAAAGAAUCUUUAUGCCCCACAAAUCGCAAUUCAUGAAGUGAAAAACCAUGUUUCCAUCAAUAAACUCCAUGAAAACCCUGUAGCAUUUACUGACAGUGCUUGGAUUUCAUACAUUGAGAUGUUGAAACAGUUUGAAUAUAUUUCCGAGCUUGCGGACAUUAUCAAGCAUUGGCAAAAUAUCAAAUUUGUUCCUCAACUGAAAACACUUAUCUCAUUAUUAUCAUCAUUACCUAUUGAAUAUUCUCAUAGAUAUAUCAAUCAUGCUGAAAAGGUUAGAGCCGAUUCUAAAACCGACAAUGUCAAUCAACGAUCAAUUAUAAAUUGGCCAUGGCCCUCAAUUAACGAAUUAAAAUAA